CAGAACCCGGAGCCGGAGCGGGCCGGCGGAGGCGGGAGGAAGCGGGGCCAUGCCUGGGCCCCCCCGGGUCUGCCGGCUCCGCGACCUGUUGCUGACGGCGCUCGGCACGGGCGCCUUCGUGCUGGACCUGGGCGCCGACGUGUGGGCCGCGGGCCAGUACGCGCGGCAGGGCCGCCUGGUGUGGGCCGCGCUGCAGCUGGCCACGCUGGGCCUCGCCUCGGCCGUCCUGCAGCUCUUCAGCUGGACCUGGUACCGCGGAGACCCCGCCGACCUGCACCCGGGCCUGCCCCCGGGCCGCCGCCUGGCGCUGCUGCACCUCCUGCACCUGGGCUACCUGCAUAGGUGUGUCCAGGCCCUGAAAGUGGCAUUUUCCCUAUGGAGGCAGGAGGAGCCGGCUGAGAUUGACCUGGACUACGCCAAUUUCAUUUCCAUGGACAUCAGUAUGUUGCGGCUCUUCGAGACCUUCCUGGAGGCCACACCUCAGCUCAUCCUGGUGCUUCACAUCACCCUGUGCACGGGCAAAGUGGAAUACUACCAGUGGCUGGGCAUCGGUACCUCCUUUGUCUGCAUCGCGUGGGCCCUGCUGGACUAUUACCGGGCCCUCCGGAGCUGCCUCCCCAGCAAGCCUUCCCCGGGCUACCUCCCUUCUGCCGUCUACUUCCUCUGGAACCUGCUGCUGCUGUGCCCCCGGAUUGUGGCGCUGGCCCUCUUCUCCACCGUCUGGCCCAGGUACGUCGCCAUCCACUUCCUGACCCUCUGGGGGGUCCUGCUGCUCUGGGUGUGGCUGCAGAACACGGACUUCAUGGCGGGCGCCGCGUCCGAGUGGCUGUUCCGGGGCACCGUGGCCGUCAUCCUCUACUUCUCCUGGUUUAACGUGUCGGAGGGGAGCACCCUGAGCCGCGGCGUCAUCCACUUUGGCUUCCUGGUGACGGACAGCGCCCUCCUGGGCGGCACCUGGCUGGCCCACAACGUCCCACUCCCCAGCCCCUCCCUGCUGCCGGGGCUGCUCCCCUCGGCCGCGCUCUCCUUCCUGCUGGGCCUGGGGCUGCGUGGCGCCUACUACCGGUGGCUGCACCCCAGCCGCCCGGCGACGGCCUUGGACGAAGGCGACGGGAGCCGCAGCUUCGCCCCCCAGGACUGGCGCCAGAACAGGCGGAUGGCCAAACUCGCCCAGUGCUUCUUCCCCAGAGCCGCCCCCGCCAAGAGGGAGGGAGUGAACGGCCACCUCUGAGCCGGGACGGGCCCAGGCUGGGGAGGCUGGCUCUGGCUUCUCCUUGGAGAUGGGAGAAGUGUCCGAGGCCUCUGGGGCCGGGGGACUUGGGAAGGCGGACCCCCCGCUUUUGGGUCAGCGCUUCUGUGGUCGGUGGUGUUCCCGGCCAAGCUUCUGGGGCGGGGGAGGGUGUGCCAGUGUGCCUGGGCAGCGCCCAUGGCCGGCCGUGCCUCCCUCUGCCGGAGCCGGGAAGGGCCAACUAUCAGUGCCAGUCCAGGUGCCUGUGACCCUCACACCAUGACCAAGGCGUGCCUCGAGGACUGUUUGUGUCUUUUCUUUGUCCCUUCUGUCUGGGCGGGAUGGAGAGAUGCUGCUUGUGUUCGGGAGAGUCUGUUGUUCAGUGUUGUGGGUUUUAUUAAAACCUCUGAAGUCGG